AUGCAGACCAUCAAGUGUGUCGUCGUCGGAGAUGGUGCGGUCGGUAAGACCUGCCUGUUGAUCUCGUACACCACCAACAAGUUUCCCUCGGAGUAUGUUCCGACAGUGUUUGACAACUACGCCGUGACUGUCAUGAUUGGCGAGGAUCCGUACACACUCGGAUUGUUCGAUACCGCCGGUCAGGAGGACUACGACCGACUGCGACCGCUUUCAUACCCGCAGACGGAUGUCUUCCUGGUCUGCUUCUCGGUCACCUCACCAGCCUCGUUCGAAAAUGUCAAGGAAAAGUGGUUCCCGGAGGUGCAUCACCAUUGCCCUGGUGUGCCGUGCCUGAUUGUGGGAACCCAGGUGGAUUUGCGCGACGACCACGCCGUCAUCGAGAAGCUUGCACGUUCAAAGCAGCGUCCUGUGCCCUUUGAGGCGGGUGAGCGUUUGGCGAGAGAGUUGGGUGCGGUCAAGUACGUCGAGUGCUCGGCGCUGACGCAAAAGGGAUUGAAAAACGUCUUCGACGAGGCCAUCGUGGCUGCGCUGGAACCACCUGUAAUCCGCAAGAAGUCCAAGUGCGCCAUUCUCUGA